GAAAAGUCUCUUCACAAAAAAAAUGGGACAGACACAUCCAAAGCCAGAAACACAUCCCAAGCCCAAUAGUGAUAAAUCUAAAAAUGAUUUGUUCACUGAUCUGCCACCAGCUCCACGAGCGUAUACUGAUAAUUUUUGGAGAAAAGAAAACGAUGCUGACAGGUUUUGUAAACGUACUAUUGAGGUACUUAACCAAUUUCGUCAGCUUGAACUUGAAUCACUAGAGUCGGAUGAUGAAAAGGAAUCAAAAAUUGAGGAACUUUGUGCGAAGUAUCCUUGUGCUUAUAUUCCAUUAGAUGUUGAUAAAGAUGGUUAUGUGCGAGGAUUUAAUCUCUUUGGAUCAAUAUCAACUUAUAUUUAUGGAGAAGAGUUAAAAGAAUAUGGGGAGACCUUAAUUGUUUGUAUUGGUUUAGAAGACACUAAUGCAAUGAUAUACUUGGGUGGUAGUGGUAAAUUGUAUUAUGAACCGCUAAAAUUUUUGUAUAAUUACAAAGAUAUAGGCGUAAAAAGCUCUGAUGUGUUUCAAAAUUACUGAAAUAUAUUUUGAAACAUAAUUUUGCUUCUUAUCAAUACUCAAAGUAGAAUUAGAAGAUCAUAAUUGUAUCUCAAAAGUAUAAUCCACUUUUUAAAAGUAGAGGCUAGUAAGACAUAAUGCUGAUUUUUUUU